AUGCCCCCCAAGGCGCUUUGCAACCUCUCGGAGGCCGCGGGCGAGAAUCAGAGCGGCUGGGUCCCGGGGGUGUCCGGCCGGGACUUGCCGCCCGCCUCCGACGGGACCGGCGCCAAGUUCGCGAUCCGCUGCGUGAUCCCGUCCCUCUACCUGCUCAUCAUCGCCGUGGGCUUGCUGGGCAACAUCAUGCUGGUGAAGAUCUUCAUCACCACCAGCGCCAUGAGGAGCGUCCCCAACAUCUUCAUCUCUAACCUGGCCGCCGGGGACUUGCUGCUGCUGCUCACCUGCGUCCCGGUGGACGCGUCGCGCUACUUCUUUGACGAGUGGAUGUUCGGGAAGGUGGGCUGCAAACUGAUCCCCGUCAUCCAGCUCACCUCCGUGGGGGUUUCCGUGUUCACUCUCACUGCCCUCAGCGCCGACAGGUACAGAGCCAUCGUCAACCCCAUGGACAUGCAGACGUCCGGGGCGGUGCUGCGCACCUGCGCGAAGGCGGUGGGCAUCUGGGUGCUCUCCGCGCUGCUGGCCGCUCCCGAAGCCGUGUUUUCCGAAGUGAAGCGCAUCGAUGGUUUGGAAAAUGGCAACUUCACGGCGUGUAUACCCUACCCUCAGACGGAUGAAUUCCACCCAAAGAUUCACUCAGUGCUCAUCUUCUUGGUUUAUUUCCUCAUACCACUGGCUGUUAUUAGCGUUUAUUAUUAUCAUAUUGCAAAGACCUUAAUUAAAAGUGCACAUAAUCUUCCCGGAGAAUACAAUGAACAUACUAAAAAACAGAUGGAAACACGGAAACGCCUGGCGAAAAUUGUGCUGGUCUUUGUGGGCUGCUUUGUCUUCUGUUGGUUUCCAAAUCACAUUCUCUACAUGUAUAGGUCUUUCAAUUAUAAUGAGAUUGACCCCUCUCUAGGCCACAUGAUUGUCACCUUAGUUGCCAGGGUUCUGAGCUUUUGCAAUUCUUGUGUCAAUCCAUUUGCUCUUUAUCUACUCAGUAAAAGCUUCAGGAGGCAUUUCAAUAGCCAGCUCUGCUGUGGGAGGAAGUCCUAUGGAGAGAGAUCAACCAGCUACCUUCACAGCUCUUCUGCAGUGCCUAUGACAUCUCUGAAAAGCAGUGCUAAGAACAUGAUGACCAAUUCAGUUUUACUAAAUGGGCACAGCAUGAAGCAGGAAAUGGCAUUGUGA